CUCAUAGCCGCCGUUACCGGUACUGUGUAUGAGGCCUUAUAAUGUAAGAAGAGUAAAGUUACACACUUUCAAUUCAUUCACCUAUUCGGUGCCUUAUUAGAACGUAGACUAGCAGCUAUUUUAUACGUGAAUUAAUACAAACGUUGACACAGACUAUCUCUUGUACGGGAGCGCGAGUGACGUUCGCAACAAAAAUGCUAACUCGUUUAAAAAAGUUUAGUUCUGUUAAUUUUAAAUAGUUCCUUAGCAUUAUGUAUCGGCGAAGCUAGUUCAUCACGUUCAAACAUAAAUCACGUGCUUCAACUUUUUUUUCUAUUUUUGAAAAAGGAGUAUUAUUUGUUUUUGUUUAUUUUUUGUUUUGAAAUGGAUGAGGCUUUUGCUCAUUGCGAUGGGAGUGCAAAGAAGUUUAAAAAGGGUCUGGUGCCUCCCGAUGGUGGAUGGGGGUACAUGAUAGCAGUUGGUGUAGGAUUCACAUUCAUGUUAGGAUUCGGUUCAUCGAAUGCGUUUGGUAUUCUUUUCAACAAUUUCUUCAUGGAGCAAGGGGGCGCUAGUGGACUGCCUUUGGUAAUAGGAGUUUACAAUGGAGCAUUAUCCAUCGCUGGUUUCCUUAGCGGUAUAGCUUUAAAGAAAUACUCAUUCAGGCAAGUUGGGCUCGUUGGAGCGGGCCUUUUCGUAUUGGGUGACGUCAUGACUAUUUUCGUACAAAAGACUUACCAGCUAGUAUUUACCUUUGGCGUAAUUAGAGGUGCCGGUUUCGGAGUCAUGAUACCAGUGUCUUUUACGGCGUUCAAUUGUUAUUUCACCAAAAAAAGGACCACGAUGAUGAGUGCCAACCAGACCAUGAGCAGUAUGGCCUCCAUAACAUUUCCGAUGCUAGUGACGUAUCUUCUUGCGGAGUACGGCUUUAGGUGGACGCUAAUUUUGAUUAUGGCCGUGGACCUCCAUCUUGUUUUCGCUAUGCUCGUGAUGCAUCCUGUGGAAUGGCAUCUCAUCAAAUCUGAUGACCCUGAUGCGGGUACUGAACUAACUAUAUCUCAUGUGAAAAAGUUGAAACGUGAUAGUUGUGAUGAAAGUGUUAUAAAAAUGUUACCAGGGAAUAGAGGAGAGGAGUUUGAUGUAGAUACCGCUGAGAGAGGGAAGCGACACGAGUCUCUACAAAAAAGUGUGAUUAAAAUAAUUUAUGAUAACAUCGAGUUGGAUUUGCUGAAGGACCCCAGGUUCGUGAGCACGCUAGUAGGUCUGGGUUUCGCAUUCGUCUCGGAUGUCACUUAUUUGGCUAUGGAACCCAUGCUUUUAUUCUCCUACGGGUUCUCAAAGAUCGAAGUGGCCACAUGUGUAAUGGUUGGUGCCCUAGCGGACCUAGUGGCCAGAUUGCUACUAGCUGUCUUCACGUAUUUCUAUGUCGUGGACAGCAGAAAGUUAUUCUUUGCGGGCACUUGUGUCACUGUGGUGUUGCGAAUUGCUCUGGUGAGUUCCGGUGCGUUGUGGUACGUGUUCGUGAUGACUGCCGUAUCUGGUCUGGUGCGGUGUUCGGUUCAAGUCCUAUUUCCGUUGGUGCUGGCGACGGCGGCGCCGGACAAGUUCCCCGCUGCUUUAGCGCUGCAUAUUCUCUUCUCGGGAGCGCUAAUGCUUAUGGCUGACCCAUUAAUAGGUGUGCUAUACGAAGCGACAGGGAGCUACGUCUUCUGUUUUUUGGCAAUGAGCUUCUGUUGCCUCAUAUGUGUCGUGUUGUGGACUAUAGAGUACUUUGUGUACAGAAAAUCUAAUAAGUGAAAGUGAAAAUGUAUUAAUUAUUUACUUUAAAACUGUACUAAAAUACUUAUUGUAUCAAAAAGUAAUAAGUUUUAGAAGUAUGAAGUUUCUUCAGUUCUUUACAUAUCUAGUAUCUAUGUACUGAUUUAAGGCAGGUACUCAAUGUAAGGACCAAAGAUAUUUGAAUAAUACGUUGUAGUUUAAUGUUUUUUACACGAACUGAUCUUAUAGUACAAAUGUGACUGAACCCUAAAUUUGUAUUGUAAAAACAUUAUUGCAUUAAAUAUAUUAGAAUAUCAUUAAAACCUAUUUUGUUAGAUAUUAAAGUUUUAGGUAAGGCUGUAGCCUUGCUGUAUCAGUGAAAAUCAUUUGGUUGAAUAAUAAUUUGACAUGGAUAGCGCCUUUGCUUUAAUAAUAGCAAUAUACUUUAUAAUAAUAUAUUGCUUUAUAAGGCACAAGAUUUUUUAUAACGGUACUGACUGUACCUAGUUUUACCAACAGGUCAAAUAUAAAUUAGUUUAAGUUUUAUAAUUUUGAUGAUUUCUAUGAUAUUUGAUACUAUAUUCCAUAAGUAAGUCUCAAAUAUACCAAUCUAGUAUUUAUACAAUACUCACUAAUUUGAGCAUAAUCAGGUGAUUGCAGUUAAAUGCCGGACAUAGGCCUCUUCUAAGGCACGUCUUAAUGAAUAUUAUUUACCAAUAUGCUUAUUGCAUACCACCCAAAUAUAUCAAUAUCGAUUACUCACUUCAAAGAUGUUUACAAAUUUCGAUUGAAUUUUGAAGUACCUACCUACAUAUGUAAAAUGUUUUUAAUGACUAACUGAAAGAUGCCCUGUGAUAGAAGAGGAGAUAAAAUUUGAAAGAUACUUGGCUGCUGGAUCCUUAUGUAUUUCCUUGUUAAUAAACCCGACAAAUAUCAAUUUACUCUUUUUGGGGUUUCAAUUUAAUUGGGGUCAGUGCAGUUUAUUUAUCCUUUUAAUUCAAUUCCUCGUUGUCAAUUGAUUAUCUUCCACCCCUCUCGUUCCUUCAUCAUCUUAUCUCUUUAUUAUUAUGUUUAAUAAGAGUGCUAAAUAAGGAUCUGUCUGUUGGUAAGCGGCUACUAUAAGCAGUUGUCCCAUCGCCGGCGAGGAAGCGACUUAUUAUUAGCUAUUUUCUUGUUCAAGAAACGCACAAUAGAUAUUCAUUCCGUGUAAACAAAAGAGAUGCGUAUAUUAAUAGUUGAUCACUGACUGUUCACACUGCCUGCGAGAACUCGCUCCACUAGUUUGUCGCUAAGCGAAAGAGAGCUACCAAUGGUAAUACUCGCUGAGUAAUACUGGCUCAGCGAUGCUUGUUUGUCUCCAUACAUCCACAUGCGUUUUUGAUCAAGAUUGUAUCCGCGAGCGAGUGGCGUGAGUAAUCUCUCGUCGUACUUGCACACUCGUUUACUAUCGGAACUGCACACUCUCUUCCUGCUCAUCGUCAACUCAUUGCUUAUUUUU